AUGCCGGAAGGCGGCGGCGCCGGAGGGGCGGCGGGGGAGCAGAGCGUGCUGGGAAAUGAGGAGCAGCAGCUGUCGGCGGAGCAACAGCAGCAGUUUGUGCAAGUCACGGAGGACCCACCGACGUACGUGAACGCGAAGCAGUACCGGCGCAUCAUGAAGCGGAGGGAGGCGAGGGCCAAGCUGGAGGCUCGCCGUAAGGUCGCCCCGCAGCGGAAGACGUUCUUGCACAAGUCCCGACAUGACCACGCGAUGCGCAGGGUGCGAGGGCCGGGAGGUCGCUUUCUCACCAAGGCGGAGCUCGACCAGUACCGCAAGCAGCUCGAGGCUCAAGACCCAGAGGGAGCCACCGCGCCGGCACCCCAACCAGGAAGCGGCAAGAAACAGGAACGUCCGCCGGCCCCGCUAAUGCUCGCCGGAGCUGGUACCACAGCCCCCGCGGCAGCGGCAGCGGCAGCGGCGCCGCCGCCGGUGUCCUUAGCGGCGGCGACGUCGGCAGCCGAGGCGGCGGCGACGACGGCAUUAGAAGCCCCCCUUGCAACGGUGACCACAGCCGCCAGCGAAGGUACGACCAACAGCAAUCCAUCAGCGGCGGUGGCGCCCCCCCCUUCAGUUCUCCCGCCGCCAGUUCCGGCGCCGCUGCCGCAGGCCGCGCUCGGGUUGCCUGCUGACGGCGCAGGUGGCGCGGCCGCCGCUGCCGCCGCCGCCGCUGCCGCCGCCGCCGCGAGCCUACAGUAGUAGGUGCCCCGACGACAGAUUGCCCCCCCUGUGGGAGCUAGCUGUUGUCUGUAUGUAGCGAAAGUAGGUCAUACGUGUCGUGCGGGGUGGCCGUGUGGUGGGCUGACGAAGGCGUUGUAGAUUUCCCUCUCUCUUUGUCCGGUUCUCCCCGAUAUGGUGAUUUGGCGCAGCACUUGAUGGCGGGGAGGGAUUUUGAAGCCGGUUCCGUCGGUCAGCGACGUUAGUAGGCAUGCUUUGUCCUCCCAAGGCGACGUGGGCACCAGCUCUUGUUGUCUAUAGGGUGGUGGGGCAAAGAAAGCGUGCGGGGGGAGGCUGACUGAUCCUGGUGAAUGCGAUUGUUGUGUGGGUACCGUCGUAAGCAGCACGUACUGGCUACAGUAGUUGCCCCUUGGAUAUCGACUGCGCACGCCUCUUUGGGGGGAGAAGUACUGGUGCUGCAGUAGCAGUCACCCCCUUUUUCUGACUUUCCGCUUGGGGGGACGCUGCUUUGGUGAGGG